CCCCACCCCCCACCCCCCGGAGCGAAAAGAAAAAUAACAAUCCGAGCGUAGCGAAACCCUAGGCAGCGCAGCAGAGGAACCGAUCCCCGGCGAUGGCGGCGGCGAUGGAGGAGCUGACCCGCAGCGGGUUGGCGGGGAUGGAUUUCUCCAUCUUCCGCGGGGAGUCCGAGGGCGAGCGGGGUGCCGGGGGGAACCAUGAGUGUAUCAACAUCAGGCCUCCAUCCCCAUCCCCAUGCGCCAACGAGGAGCAGCCGCCGCCGGAGAAGAUGGAGCAGGAGGAGGAGGAGGGGGAGGGGGAGAAGGAGGAGUGGGUCUACAGGGAGGAGGAUCGGAUCACCAGGUACCGCGGGCUGUGGGAGAGCCGCUUCGCCGGCAAAUACGGCUCCUUCGACGACCAGACAACUCUUGGUCCCAUGCGCUUUACAUUCGGACCCAUCCCGAGCUACGCCAGACCUCAUUGUACCAUCCAGAUCUUCGGCAUCCGGGUGGCCAACCUGGAAGACGGUCUCCAGUGGCCGCUGCAUGUCCACGGCUUUGUCGCCGCGAGGGACACCUCGGAUCACAAUCGCAACUUCCUCUUCAACCGCACCAGUGAUAACUGCCAGGUCCUCACCCAACAGGAUCCAUACCUACUGCUGACAGGCCCGUCGCGCGCGAUCGUGAUCAUUGACCCGAUCACGAUUGAGUUCCAGCUGAAGGUGAAGAGCAAGACGGACCCCGAAGAGGUCGAGAUGCUGGCCUUCGGGAUCUUCAACUACCCCCAGACCUACCUUGCCACACAUGUGAUCCGCUCUGGUAUCCUCUGCGACCGGUGCACGAUCCAGCUUGCCUACGCGCCGCUGGACCCCUCGGUCGAGGCGACCGUCAUCCAUGUCCGGAUCAUCGACGGUGUGUGGCCAGAGGGUCUCCGUGGGCGCGUCGUCGCCGAGGUCACAACCGUGCGGGAAGGAGAGGUGCUGCUGCUCGACUCCCGGGACGGGAAGAUGCCGAUCAGCCCUUCAACCGGCGCGGUCGAGCUCUCGAGGCACGUCGUGUCGGUGGACCUCGAGGGGGGGAAGCUGGUUGUCUCCGUGGUGGCAUCCCCUCAGACCGCUGGCAAAGAAGACGGUGAUGAUGGUGGUGGCGCUGCCGUCGUUGUUGCGCGAGGCGAGGCCGUGUUCACGCCAGAGAGGGCCGGCACGAGCAAUGGCACCUGCGAUCUUGGCUUCUGCAAGGUGGAGGUUGCUGUUGCAUGGUCCCUUGUUUCGAGCUUGUGGAAUGAGUGGCGCGCCCUCGCGAAACUCGCGAAGGAGAGGGCAUGAAUGAGUGUUCUUUGUGUUCCUGUGUAGUGAUCAGCUCAGGCGAGCACUGGAACCGAGGUUCUUCCAUGUCUGUCCGCCUCUUUUUUUCACUUGUCUUUGUUCAGUUAUAAGUAAGUUUUGUGUUGAUCUACUUU